AUUUUAAGUCGCGUGAAAAUAAAAAGCCUUUAAAUUUCUCCAUACCCACUCUCCACAAUGUCAAGCGAGUCAGAUCAAUUACAUUACUGGUUGGAGCAAGAACCCGUAAACACGGAUACGUUUCUUCAACCAGACACGCCCACGACCUUAACACAACCUUUGAUCAGAUCGCGCCUCGACAAUUUGCAAAAACGACAUCUACGCAUCACUGGGCAGCUGAUCAGCCAACAAAAAACAAAAUUGAGUGAAUUUCAAGCAGCAUUUGCAGAAAGAACCGAUUCAAAUUUAUUUCCACCAGAUAAACGGGGCGUGUUUGAGUUUAUUAACGGUGAACAGUUUCUCGAAGAAAAUCAGAACAACGUGUUUAAACUGUUGAGUGAACUGCAGGUCAUUGCGCAACACACUGGAACAUCACACGACAGUAUACCCUUAGAGAAACGAGUGGCAGAAAAUGUAGAUGAUACACCCAAUCGUUUCGCGAAUGAUAUGAAGGCCAUCUAUGAAAGUGAACUUGAUGAUCUUCGAGGUCGACAGAAGGAUCUUUUUCGCGAAUUUCUCAACGAAUACGUCGAGCAAAAGGGAACCCUGCAACAUGAACUGGCACGCAUUGCAGCACCACUACCGUCACAUCCGCCAACUGCACCAGCAGCAACACUGCCGGCACAAGCAGCAACCAAGGAUCAUACGGAAAUGGAAGCGCCAAAAUCAAAACGUCUACGUUUCACCACUCCACUAACACAACCGCGACAUCACGUUGAGCCACCAUCUCACCCUGUCAGCACUUCUCCUCCACGUAGAAUGCCUGUACCGCCACAGCUUUCUAGAGAUCCGCGCCUUCGAAACGAUCUUCGUACUGCAGGUGGCGGUAGACCUCCUGAAGUAUCAACUGCACCAAGAGCGAACCGACCGCCAGAUGUAGCCACCGCGACAAGAGCUAUUAGGCCCGCAAACUUGACCAGCGCUGUGCCACCCGUGGUCAAGUCAUCUUCUGCGUCACCAAAACCCAAACUACAAAAGGCACCUCAAUCGCUUUUGGAUAUUGGCACAAUGGAUAUGGUCGGGGCAGAUGUCUAUUUGGUCGAACGCCAAAGCAAGAUACGGAUUCGGCUUGGUGUCGCUAAGGACUUUGACGAUGCACUUCAUGCUCCAAGCCCUGACUGUCCCCUUUAUGUUCGGUAUUCUAACGGUGAACAGUGGUUCCAUCGAAAAAGAGACUCGGCGAAAAUUGGUUCUGUAGCAAAGAUCCAGCCAAUGAUUCAUAAGUACCUCCUCCAAACUUAACUUUCUUACCAUAUCUUUGCGACACACAAAUGCAUCCACCCUCUCUCUCUCUCUCUGUGCCAACUCCAUUCUACUAUCAUCAUCAUCUUCUUCUUCUUCUUCAUCACCACAUCCCACCCUACUUGUAUAGCAUGAAAAAGUCAAAAUAUACUGGUAAACUG